AGAGCUUGUGACAGGUCAAAAGGCCUAUAAAUAUGAAAACUAGACAUUAAAUAUAGUAAUUAGAAAUUGUUUGUAAUUGCCAUAACUGAGAAAUAAAGAUUAUACGGUUGUCCAAAGUCUGCAUUUCGCGACACGCCGUGCUGGCUUCUUGAUACGUCGUCACGUGACCUAUGACGUCACUGCCGGGAGAGAUUUCCCCGCUGGGCUCAACAGCAACGCCGCCAUUAUGAGCGACGACAUGGACGAAGUCGAGCAAUUUUCCGACUCGUCUUCUAGCGUGGAGGCCUUUUUUGAGGUGGAAGGGGAGUCGGUGCCGUCUCCAGCAGACGUAGGUGGUGUCGUGGCUUAUAGGUACGAACCUUACCUUGACGAGCAGCAGUCAGACGGAGAAGAGGAUCUUGACGGAGGUCAAGACACAGACAACAGUGUUGGUAACGCUGAGGUCGGUGCUGAAGGGGGAAUGGCGGAUCGGAGCGGCAGACAGGAAAAUACGGAAUGGUGCUCAUGUGGUCACUGUACCACCAUGCCAACAACAACAGAAUGUGUAUGCUGUCAUGAGGUACAACAGAUUAAUGUAAAACAGCAGCAGCUGGUGCACAUGAUGGUGCCCGUUCCUGGGUGCAUAACCCUUCACCCAGGGUUACCCGCGGUCUGUCUUGACCCCUGGGGACUGCAGUGCGCCUACUACCAUUACAGGCAGGACCAGGGUCCACUCAGCCUGAGCGAUAAUCAUGAGUAAGCUGUCAAUCCAUCAAACAUUGUGAGUCUAAUAACCAAUCAACCAAUCAAUUGUUCAAAAUACCAAAUCAAUUAAUCAACCAAUCAAUUGUUCAAAAUUCCAAAUCAAUCAAUCAACCAAUCAAUUGUUCAAAAUAUCAAAUCAUGACAUGCAAUCCAUCAAAUCCUCCAACAAAUCAUAAAAUAAGAAGUUUCCAAUAAUAGGAUGGUACUUGAAAUAUUGUGAGAAUGAAGUAUGAAGUUUGAACAGUGAAAUCUUUUUCCUGACUUUUCUUUGUAUUCACUGCCAAGCUGAACAAACUUGUUUCAUUUAGGAAGUAUAGGUACAUUGCCUACCGCCAGUUCGUGAGGUGGUGUUGGGGGUGGCUGGGAGCAAAGAUUAGAGUCGUUAUCCCAGCAUGUGCAGUGAACAAGAUCAGGGAGACCUUCCCCUCAGAAGAGUAUACUGGUUUCAAAUACCCACCUUUGGAUUAAAAUGUUCAUACUA